AUGACUCGAAAGGAAGUAGUCAAGGCAUGCGAGGACUUGCUCGAGGAGCUCAUUUCUCGCUAUAGUCAUGCAUCGUCGUCCCGAUUUAAUGACAAAAUGCCUGAGGUCGAGGAGCGAGGAGAGGCCCGAGUCGACAGCCAUCAUUUGAUAUUCACGGGACUCGAGAGUGAGUUACUCCAUCGGUGCCACCUGAAUGGAAUUUAUGACUUCAUCUUACUGGUAGCUGACAAGAGCGGUGAUCCAGAUUGGUGGAAUGUAUGUGAUUACGUCAAUAUACUUUUUUCGUUUAUUGUGUUUACACGGUUGGGCGCUACCGAUGCGGAGGUGGUACAUUUGAUUUUUAACACUGAUUUCUCGACAUAUAAUAAAGAGGAGGAUCAAGGUGAUAGUAGUCAUCACCAAUUGUCUGACAGAAGUGUAGAACACAGCUUGCAUAGCCACCUUACCACCACCAACAGCAGACAGAGUGAUAUAUCUGGCGAAAAGCGUGAUGGAAAGGAGUCAAACAACUCUAAAAAAUUACUACAUGCGGUACAAGUGCUUCUGUAUGCACAACAGAGCGUGGUGGGUGGCUGUAGCUUUCCUGGUCAGCUUUUGCGCACGCUACUGGGGUGCAAAACAGUGCGUCUUAUGGUGCAGGGUUGGUGCCUUCGCAAGGCUUUGAUGGUUUCGACUUCGCUUUCUCAGGGAAGCGAUCCGAGUCGUGAUUGCUCCUGGGGCGACCCCUCUGAGGGGGGUGCAUCGCCUCCAGGGCCAUCGAGGGAUGGGAUCUCUUUUAUUUCACGGCUCCGAUCCGGCCUUGUCAGCUCAGAUUUUUUGCUGUGCGCGGAGUCGUGGAAGACGUUGCGGGCUGUUUUUCUGCCUGGUAUCUCUCCCAGCACCCGCGCCCCUGUUGGUGUGAGCAUUGAUACAAGCGACACUGGGGUCCCAACGCAAGAUGUAGCGCUAUCGAUGUCCAGUGUAGGGCUCCCUGGGGGUUUUGCACAGCAGCGCUGUUUUUCAGUAGAGCUGCUGCAGUACUCUUUUCCGAACCUAGGAAGCCUAUUAUGCUCAGCAAUGCGCUGCCGGAGCUACCUGGCGCGGCAGGAGGCUCUCCGCUUCGUCGAGGACGUUAUUUUAGACCCUAAAUACACGACUGUGCGAGGACUAUACCUUUCUUCUGCGGAGCUGUUGAGUGCAGUCCUGAGCACUGCGAAUGAGAAGUCUAUGCUCAGUAGUGAGUUAAUCUUCACCAUUAUAAAGGCCUUUGCCCAAAGGCUGUCUGUUUCAGAUGAGGUGUGCGAGUUGCUGGUGCGGAGCCGAUCUGAAAUUCUUCGCUUUGCGUAUCAAUAUUGCAAUUUUAUGACAUGUAGCGGCAGUAAUGAAGCACAUUGUCAACGUAUUUUUGCUUCUAUAGAGGAGUUACGGACGUGUUUGGAGCCUUUUUCUUUUACAGGAUAA